UCUGAAUCCCAAGAGGGUUUCUGACACUCCAGAUGACCACUGCUCCUCUUGAUCUGCUGGUGUCAACACUGACGCCUGUCUACCCUCCCAUGCUCAGUUCCACCAAGCCAUCCUCCACACUCCCCUGACUGCCUAAGCACCUUCUGGACUCUACUAACCAUCCAUCCCUCUGUGACCAGAGCCCUCCCCAUCAGCCAGUCACCAGUCUCAAACUCCCUCCGGCCUCACUCCAGUCAUUCAACAAACCGUUGGCGUGUUGCCUUGAGGAACAUGAAGAUGUUCAGUCUUCACAUCUUGCUCUUCAUGUGCUGUGCUUUGAGUUGUGUGACCAGUGAUGAAGAUGUGAUCCCUGUGUUCGGAUAUGAGGAUAGUGAUGCAGUGGUUUCCUGUCCAUAUGCUGAAGGAUAUGAGGAUUAUGAAAAGUACCUGUGUAAGGACGACUGUGGUAGUGAUGAUGUUCUUAUUACGACAUCAGAGAUAAAUGAAGACAAAUACUCCAUCGACGAUGACAAAAGAUCAAGAAUCUUCAGCGUGACCAUCUCUGAUCUUCGUUUUGAGGACGCUGGGAAAUACUGGUGUGGAGUGUCCAGAACAGGAAAAGAUAUCUACACUGAAGUAAAACUGGAAGUGGGAAAAGACAUAUGGGGCCAGACUCCAACUAAAAUUCAAGGCAAUGAGGAAGGUUCGGUCUCCAUCAGGUGUGGAUAUGAAACCGAGCCUGUCAACAACCUGAAGUACAUCUGCAGAGGAAACCAGCUUUCCACGUGUCUAAGGCAAGCAGUAGUGACCUCUAACAACGAACGGAAUGGACGAUUCACACUCACCGAUGACAAGAAUGCAAAAGUUUUCACAGUUACCAUUUCCAGUGUGAAACUGAGUGAUUCUGGGUGGUAUCUUUUUGGUGUCCAAAGAGACACUGGGUCGGAUGGCUUCUGUGCUUUUGACCUCAAAGUAAAAGAAUGGUGCUGUGUAACAUCCAGGUAUGUUAAAGGCACCGAGGGACAACCAAUAACCAUGCAGUGUCCUUAUCCACCUGAACAUCGUAACAACAGGAUGUUCAUCUGCAAAGGAAACCAUCGCAGCGACUGUACAAAUAUGAUGACGGGUCGAAGCAGGUUCAAAGUGGACAGUAUUUUUCCUAGCUAUUUCUCUGUCACCAUCACAAACCUGGAACAAUGGGAUGCUGGCACAUACUGGUGUCGAUCAAACUCAGAGUGGGUUGUUGGAGACUACACCCAGUUUCGUCUGUCUGUAGGGAAAAAACUAAUUGUUGAAAAGAAAGUACUAAAGGAUCUGCCAGAGCAAAAACAAACGGAAGUUUAUCGGCUCCAGACCAGCACAGUGGAAAAUGUCAUUACAGCUUCACCUCAGAGUAUAGCUAAUGUCUCUGAGACAUCUAAUCAAGGUGCGGUUCUCUUUGGGCUUUUUGCUGUACCUCCUGUUCUGUUAAUGAUAGUGAUUAUCAUCCUGGUUAUAGUGUGCAAGAAAAAAUGUCACAAAGUGAAAGAUACAGAAAUUGCCACAAAUAGAAGCAGAAAUGAGGCGAGAAACUCAAAGGAAGUGAUGGGUGGAGAAAAUCUUUACGAAAACCAUGAUGAGAUUGUAAUGCGCUCACAACAGAACAUCUACAAAGAGCAGAAUGCCUGUUACCACUUUGAUGACCCAGACGAUGAAGCUCAUUAUAACAGCAUCUCAGCAACUGAGGACAUCUACUGUAAUGAGUAGAGAAAGGAGAUAGAGUGUGCCAAAUAUUUGAUCUUUGGCAGAUUUAUUUAACCUGUCAUUGCAUGAGAAAUUGUGUAAAAAUACAGAAACAUUUGGAACUGUGACAAGGUAGAAGUUUAAACGUUGAUCAUUUGCUGUCAUCAGCUUAUUGAAAAAUAAAAAGGCUGUGUGAACGGCCCAAAUCUGAUCUUUUCACCCUAAAAAAUUAGAUUUGUGCCACUUCCACAUGUGGUACUAAUUUGUUUACAUAUCGCAUAUUUUUCAAAGCAUCCGCUGUCUGAACGGUCAUGUCACAUUUUAUCAGUCUUUCAUGUCUCUCUGCUGGAUCUCACUACACAGCAGUAACAGCUAGUGCUCCAUAAAAGACCAUUGCUAGUAGCUGUGCUGCUUUCUUCAUACCUUACUUCAUGUUGCUAUGAUGUGGUCUUAAUGUUAUUGGCUCCCAUUGUUAAACAGCUUCUAAAUAAUAACAAAGAGAUGCCAGUUGGUAUCCAUGUUUUUUUGACUUUUUUUUUUUUUUAAUUAAACCUUAUUGAACGCUAAGCACUUCUAUAACCAUUACAUUCACCAUUACUUCCGUAACAGCGUGUGGCUGUGUGACGCCUCCUUCUGUUUUCUGCGAAUGUGGAUCGCUUUGCUGUCUUGAACCGUUCAGACCGCAGUGUGAUGGCAGUCAAAUUUAAUAGUAUCAUGAACGGCCAUCUAAAAACAAUCUGAUUUCAGCAUGAAAUUGGAAUUGAGCAUCAGGACCUGCAGUGUGAACAUAGCCUUUGAUUGGUUACAGAUUUCAUUGAUAGUAGAUUGUAAUACUCAGAACAAUAAAUUGUGUAAUGUUAAACCUAUAUAUUAGCAUGCUGUUUAACUAUAAGAAUAAAAUAUGUCUUUAUAUAAUGGGCUGCUAGUAACCAAAAUGCCAUUGGUUAACACAUCUAAAAAAAGCAAUGUGUUUAUGACACAAGUUUUCAACAUAAAAUGCAAAGGUGAUCAAGCAUUCACUGAGGUUGCCCCAAGAUUGUUUUUUUUUUUUUUUUCCCAGUGUCCUGUCUAGCAAUAUGGCAAUAGGAAUUGAUGUCUCAA